CCUCAGUGCAAAAUGUUACGCAGUGUUACGGAAUCGCCUGAGACGUUGCUGUAAUUUGAAUCUAAUUUAGUCAAAACCAUGGAACUUAAUUUAACUCGAGUUGACUACCUACAAGUUGGCCUUACCUCUACAAAAUGUCUUCGUGUUCUACCUUCAACUGCACCAAAAAGUCAGCAAAAGGUCGUAGUUGGCGAUCACGAUGGAGUGAUUCAACUUUUCAACAUGAAGCGGGGCGAGGUACAAUACAGCUUCCAGAGUGGUGUCAGCAAGAGCAUCACUCGGGUUGAACUUGGAGGAGCUCUUGGGACUGUCCAGGACAAGAUCUUUUUGUCUUCGGGCAAUGAAGUACGAGGGUAUACCAAAAAGGGGAAGCAAUUUUUAGGUUUUGAUACCAACCUAACAGAAGAAAUAAAGUCAAUGCAUAUCAGCGGAAGUGACCUCCUGGUUUGUGGAGACUAUGUGUACAACCACUAUCAUGAUUGUCAAGAUUCCAACUACUACCUUGCUGCUGACAAGAUAAAUGAUGUGAUAACACUGCCAGCUGAGAAGAUGAAGUCCCUUAUACCGGUACUGGCAUGUGAAGACCGCUUACUUCGAGUAAUGAGAGACUCAGAGGUGCUUUAUUCAGUUGAAUUACCGUCACCUCCAUCCAGUCUGCAGCUCUUCUACAAUGACGGAGGAGAAAAUGGAGAUCAGUUGCUCUACGGAACAACGGAUGGGAAGAUCGGACUGGUUCAGCUUGGCAGGGGUUCUGCAGCACAUCGGUGGGUCCUCGAAAAUAGCAGUGGAAGUGUUGGAACAAGACAGGGAGGCAUCACCUGUAUGGAUCACCAUGACAUAACUGGGGACGGUGUGAGGGAUCUACUGGUGGGGAGAGAUGAUGGAUCUAUUGAGGUGUUUGCCUAUGAAGAUGGAGACGAGUCGGAACCUACCCUUAGGUUUUCUACUGCCUGCAAUGAAAGCAUCACAGGAGUUCAAGGAGCUGUUGUGGGGAAUGCUGGAUAUGAUGAAAUAUUAGCAUCGACGUAUACUGGCUGGGUAUUUGGUGUCACCUCGGAGCCAAUGGACCGACACAUGACUUCAGAGUCAGGAGUUGUCCACAUUUCCCAGGAAUCUAAACAAAAGAUUCAGAAGUUGAGAUUGGAGAUAGAUGAACUGCAACAGCGAGUCCUGAAAGAGCGUGACCAGUAUCAAGCUGCAACCCAGAGUGCGUUUCCCGGCAUCUCGGCAGUUCCAUUCUUCUCUGUUAAUGACAAGAUAAGUCUCAACCGUUCUGAUGCCUCAUAUUUGUUGAGUGUGGAGGUACAGACAGCUGUUGACAAUGUACUGCUGCAAAGUGAUGUGCCCAUUGACUUGUUGGAUGUGGAGAAGAAUUCAGCUGUCGUUAGCUACAGUACCUGUGAUCCUGAGAGUGGAAAUUUUCUUCUGGCAACUUACCGUUGUCAAGCCAACACCACCAGGCUGGAGGUUCGCAUCAGGACCAUAGAAGGACAGUAUGGAACCCUUCAAGCAUACAUUACCCCAAGACUUCAACCUAAAUGCUGUCAGGUUCGUCAGUAUCGUAUCAAGCCCCUGUCUCUUCAUUCACGCAUCCAUAGUUUUGAUCCAAACCGUCCAUACAACACCUUAACUUUGAAAGGGCAGUUUACUCUGCCAGAAAUGCAUGCUUGGGUUGUCUUCUGCUUACCAGAAUUACCUGAGCGCACUCCCUCUGGUGAAAGGGCAGAAUUCACCUUUGUUUCUACAUUCCUUGAUACCCAAUUGCAGUGUAUUUAUGGAGCACGAGAGGCAGUGUUCCGGUCUGACAAUAUCUCCACAAUAUCAAUUCUAAAAGACGUACUUACAAAGGAAGCCACUAGAAAAAAGGUUCGCCUUGACAUUUCGUGCGAAGUAAGUGAGGAGAGUGUUGUACAUGCUCUUCAUCUUCUGCACCCACGAUUAGAGGCCCAGCUUAUGUUAGCCAAACAGGUAUCAUUGAUAGAUGCCCUUCGAGAGUUGGGCUCCCAUGAAACAGAUACAAGUUUUCUUUCUCCAGAGUAUAAGCAAAUAUUGGACAACGCUGAUGAACUUCUAGCACAAUAUCGCAAACAACCAUGUCAUCUUGAAAGACUCUAUGGUAUGAUUACUGAUCUGUUUAUCGACAAGUACAAGUUCAAGGGUGUUAAUGUCAAAAGUCGAGUGCCACAACUCUUGGAAAUCCUUGAUAAUUAUGGCAGUCUGGACCUUCAGCAUCUCAUAAAUUUCUUCCAAGCUCAAUGAAAGGCAGCUCCUAUGACCUAGCUAUACUUUCUUAACCACAUGCUGCUGGGGAAAAUGAAUAAAAAUUGGGGAAAAUGCUGUGCUCACUUUUUAUAUUUUUGUGAAAUGUUUUUGCACAUAGAUGGCUCUGCUAGUUCUUAGCCACGAAGGAGUCAAUUAGUAGAC